AAAGUGAUUCUGCACGGUAUCGGGUACGGUGGUGCCGUCGCAAUCUGGGCCCGGCAGCGGUUCCCCAGUCUCAUCGACGGUGCCUGGGGUUCAACACCGUCGGUGAUCGCACGGGUCAACUUCCCCGAGUACGGUGAAGACCUGGGCAACACGAUUCGCCGGCUGGCCGAUGACGGGUGUUUCGGGACCAUCUGGCGGGGAUUCCGUACUGCCGAGAACCUGAUCGAUGCCGGGCUGUACGGGCGCGUGUCGGAGAUGUUCCGCACCUGUGAACCGCUCGCGGCGGACGACCCGCUGACGGUGGAAACGUUUUUCUACGGGCUCAAGACCUCGAUCGAGCAGGAAAUGUUCGGCGAAGCGAAUCCGCAGUCGGUGGUGCGCAUGUGCCAGGAGCUGGCGUCCGAUUCGGCCGACACGGACCUGGAGGUUCUGGCCAACUUCUUCGCGCGUCGCUACGCCCCGUUCGACUGCGUUGCGCUCGAUUUCGAGAGCAACAUCGCCAGCGCCUUGUACGAAGAUGUUGGUGUGCCGGUGAACGCCGAGCUGGGCGUCCGGCAGCGUUUGUACCAGCUGUGCACGGAGUUUGGCUGGUUCCUGACAUCGUCGACAUCGGGUGACAGUCCGUUUGGGACGCGCAUCACCUACCGGUAUUUCAUCGACACCUGCCGGGCCGUGUUCGGAGAUUGGAUCGAUCAGGAGAUCGUUUACGAUGGCGUUCGGUUGACGAACUUGCAUUUCGGAGCGGACGACCCACGUGUGACCAACGCGCUGUAUGUCAAUGCUGAGUUUGACCCAAGCCGGUUUGUGUCGAUUACGAGCUACACAAACACAAACGCGAACGCUUUCGUCAUCGACGGAGCACUCAUAGCAAUGGACUGGCUGUCACCGAGCGACGGCGAUUCGGAUGAUUUGAGGCUCAUUAAGGAAGAAAUUAAAGAGUACGUCUAUAGAUCGGUGACGUUUCUAGCGAACCAAUUCGCCCAUCCACACCCAAACUAUAUCGCUAACCGCUCGGAGGCACACCGCUUCCGAACGCGCGUCGACCACUUCGAUGUCCAGAACAGGGCGACGUUCGAGUUUGACUACCUCUCGAACAGCGAGUACUAUCUGCCCGGUAGACCAAUCUUUAUCGUCGUUGGGAGUAACAGCGUCGUCAAUGGGUACUUUAUCGAAAACGGCCUGUUCCACGAUAUUGCCCGCGGCGAGAGG